CUCAACACACCUCAAAACAAAAAUGACAACAAGAAUAGUGGGAGAGAAGCAAAACAAUGGAUCCAUGUAUGUGUACAACUUAGACACCGGAAAUUCAAAGCCAAAGCCGAAGCCAGAACCAGACUUAUCAACCAUGUUAAAGAAAGGGAUAUCAAAAGGAUGGCCCCUUAGAAGAUCGAAAACGUAUCGUGAAAAUCAUCAUCAAGGUGAGUUAAAAACAAAUAACAAUGUUGUCAUCACAACAACAACAAAAGGAGAAACAACAAGAAAAUCAGUUUCAUCAAUUGAAGGACAAGUUAUUGUUAAUAAGGAAAUUCAUGAAUUAUCAAGAAAUCCAAUUAUUGAAUCACGAAAAUCAUCUUCUUGUGUUAUUGGAACAAGAAAAUCAUUGACACAUGUUGAAUUAAAUGUGGCAUCAAUGGCUGUAAUUCUUCAAGUUAAAGUAUUGGUCACAGACAUGCCAGGAUUUAUGCAAGUUCAUGCUUUUAAAUGUGCAAGAACUACUUAUGAUAGCUUGGAGAAAUUUAGUUCCAAACAUAUGGCCUAUAACAUGAAAAAGGAAUUUGAUAAAAUAUAUGGGCCGGCCUGGCAUUGCAUAGUGGGCUCAAGUUUUGGGUCAUAUGUUACUCACUCCACAGGUGGAUUCCUCUAUUUUUCAAUGGAAAAACUUUAUAUUUUAAUCUUCAAGACAAAAGUCCAAAAGACCAUUGAGUCCUAAAUAAUUAAUUUACCUUGGUAGUAAUACUUUUACUUUUUUGAUUUUUA